CACUGAGUAUAAGUGACGUUCUCUGGGUCGUGUGAACUAAUCAGGAUAUAGCUUACAGUACAUUCAGGGACCAGAACUCGAAGGUCUGGACUUUUCGGAUUAAAUGUGACUUCGGCAAUAAAUAUAUCAGUAUCAUUGUGCGGAUUAGUUCUACUGACACAGAUGGACAGGGGCUGUAGAUAAGGGAAGCUGUAGAUUUACAGUGUGUUAAGGUGGCAGGGAGGUGACUCUCCCAACACUCCGUCUGUUUGCGCUACAGUGACGAGCUCUGGGACUGAGAUGACAAGGAGAAGUCUGAUCAAUAGAACUGUUGUAAGUGCUGCUGCCUCACUCAAAUAAACUCCUAUAAGCCUCUCCUUGCUUGGCAGUGCUACACGGCACCAACUCGGCUCUGACAUUCAGACUGUGUGUGUGACACUGCUAGGAGAAGCAGCUCGCUGUCUGCCACUACGACAAACGCAGGAUUACUUACGUAGCGGUCAGUCAGAGAUUACAGAACCACCGACUACGCCUUGGGAGGGAUCUAUUUAACGCAGUUCAGCAUCCUUCACUUGACCAGUAUACCUACUGGACCUCACAUUACAUCACCCUGAGAUUAUAAUGUGGGAAACUUUGUGAUAGCCGUGACAAUUAUAUUUUGCUGGACUCGGUAGAUUAACAAAUCCAGGAUAAACAUGUGUUAUGUCUUAGGCACAGGUAAUGUACAGUAACCGUAGGCUUGGUGACGGAUACAUAAAACUGUCUGUAUAUAGGGACUCUGUGGCAGUAGUGUUUUAGGCUAUGCUGUUGAGUAGAUAUCCACGACUACGACUCAACAUGUGUGAGGUAUUGAUACGGGGUGCAGUAUUGAUUCCCCUUCCAUUGUUGUAAAGCUAGCGCCUUUCCAAGCUUCCUCAUCACCACCUCUACACUCGCACCAACAUGAAGAUGCACAAGUUUGCUGCGGACAUCAAUCUUUUUGGUGUUUUCUAUCUAUUUUAUUUAUCUCUAGUUUCAUCCUUUGAUUUAAAUAGUCCAACAGAUUCAUUUGCCAAAUACCAGAAAUGGAACCCAUGCCAAAAUGGAUCAAUUCAUCUAGAGUUCAAAACUAAGGAUAUGAGUGUGUUGAUUUUGUAUAUGGAUGACGGAGGUCAUUCCGAUUAUUUUGAAUUAAAACUUCUCACGGGAUCGCUACAUCUUAGAUUCACCCUCGGAAGUGCUCCUAUGAGGAUAAACGUUGGACAGCGUCUUAAUGACAACCGAUGGCAUAAAAUUUCUAUCAAAAGAAAUCGUAAAAAUAUCACAUUAGUUGUCGACUCCCAAUCUUACACACGUACUUAUCACAGCACAGAUCAAGAUUUUGGAUAUUAUGCCACAAAUAGUCCUGUUUUUGUGGGAGGUAUUUCUAAUGAGUAUGAGGACAAAACAUCAUCGUUAACAUUACCUGCUAUCUACCUGGAGCCGAGGUUCACGGGGUCAAUCCGUAAUAUUCUGUACAGUAACUGUGGUGGUCCCCCCAUGCGACCAGAGUUGUUGGAUUAUCGGGGAAUCGUUUCGGAAAACGACCAGUGUGUAGUCAGUGACCCGUGUCAGCAUGGCGGAAUCUGUGUCACCCACGAUGAGGGCGUGGCUUGCAACUGUUCCUAUACUGAUUUUGAGGGCGAGUUCUGCAGCCAAAGAAGUGCUCUGAGAAAUCCCCGAGGAAAUCUAAAAAAAAGAGCACCAUCUGAGGUGACAUUUUUUGGUUCACAAUAUUUUAUGUAUGAAUGGCCAGCGAAAGGAGCACCCACCAGUAACACAGAUGAGGUCAGUCUCUACUUCCGUACCAGACAGCCCAGCGGACUUCUCUUCUACACUGGACAGGGAAGCGAUUUCUUGAUAGUUUCUCUUAAAAACGGUGGAGUAAGUGUCACAGUUAAUCUUGGAUCUGGAACAUACGACUCGGAAAUACGACCACACGCCUAUCGCUUUGACGACAAUCACUGGCAUCAUGUGCAUGUGAAGAGGAAAACAAGGGAGCUUACCAGGCAAAAUGGUUAUACAGGUAUUGACAUCAUGGUAGACGGUGGAUUUAAGAAGUCCGGUACGACGGCAGGCGACUUUACCAUGCUGUCGAGUCGACUACUAUAUGUAGGGGGCAGCCCCAACCCGUCCACUCUGUAUGGGGCCAGAGUCCAGACCAACUUCAAAGGAUGCAUGAAAAAGGUGAUCUACAAAUCUGAUAGCGUGACCCUUGACCUGACGACCUUGGCAAUAGAGCAGAGUGACAUCCUGAAGGUUGUUGGCGAUGUUGUAUUUAACAAGUGUCAUGACAUCGUGGAAUCUCAGCCCGUGACCUUUACUACCCCUGAAUCCUACAUCAUCUUGCCAUCAUGGGAGGUAGGAUCUGCUGGCGGCUCCCUGUCUUUUGCAUUCAUGACCAAUGAACCCAAUGGUGUUGUCAUGUACAACAGUGGCACACAGAACUCGGACUUCUUUGCUUUUGAAAUUCAGGAUCGGUUCAUGUAUCUGAUAAUAGACCUUGGGUCAGGUGCCAUGCGUAUACAGGUAUCCAUGCAGCCUGUCAGUGAUGCAAAACUUCACGAAGUCAGCCUGGAGCACAUUGGUAGGCGGGGCUGGAUUCUGUUUGAUGGACAAAGAGUGAACUAUACUGUCAGGGGAGAGAACUCUAACUUGGACAUGGUAGGGGUUUUAUACGUGGGUGGGGUCAACGACUACAAGGAGAAGUAUCAGCUGCCCAAAGAGAUGUGGGCAGGUAUGCUUGGUUACGGAUUUGUUGGAUGCAUGCAAGAUGUUGUUAUAAACGGGAACAAGAUGGACCUUCUCAAUGCUGCACGGAAACAGAGCAAGACAGACAUUGUGAAUUUCUGUCGUCCCUCCGAGCCGCAGUGUAUGACCCGGCCCUGUAUCAACAAUGGCCAGUGUAGUGAGGGCUGGAACAGAUAUGUAUGUGACUGUAAGGCCACACGCUACGUUGGUGACUUCUGUCAGACAGAAGCAGCAACCCUAGCCUUUGACAGUGCCCAGUUCAUGAAGAUCACGCUGGACAAAGAAUCCCAUACAGAGGCUGAGGAUAUCUCGCUACGCUUCCGAACACAACACCCCAACGGUCUGCUCUUCAUGACCUCCUCAUACCGAUCAUUUGAUUCUAUGGCCCUCUAUCUUGAAAAUGGACUGGUCAAGCUAGAAAUCAGAGUGGGCAGUGGUUCUAAGAUUCUCACCAUUGGUCGUAGGAGACUUGAUGAUGACCAAUGGCAUACUGUCAUCAUAAAGAGACGUGGCUCCCAGGUGGAACUCAGCCUCGAUAACGACAAUCCCAUCGGAGAUUAUAUACCUGUGUCCUAUACCAUGGUCUUGUAUGUCAAAAACCUGGUAUUGGGCUACGCCGAUUCUCUCCCAAGGAAUGCUCGAGAGUUGAAUCUUCGGCGUAUGGAAGUGGGUCGUAUGGUCCAGGAUGACAAUAGACUCCGACAGUAUAGUGGCUUUGUAGGAUCCAUGCAACAGUUCAUCUUUAAUGGACACCACUUCUUUGAGAUGGCGAAAUCACAGGACAUCCAAAACAUUGAGACCACAGCUCGCUUUCUCACUGAUGAACCGAUGCUCAUGAACCCUGUGACCUUUAAGUCUAAAGAAGCGUACGCUCAACUUGAAAAACUAAGUGCCUAUCUUGAAUUUUCUGUAUAUUUCAAGUUUAAGACGACAGAGCCAGAUGGUUUGAUCAUGUACAACGGUGGGCGAGGACAAGACUUUCUAGCUUUUGAAUUGCAGGGAGGUUACCUUCACUACGUCUACAACACGGGAGCUGGAGCUAAACGAGUCGUCGUCAACACCAUCAACCGUCUCAGCGACAAUGAGUGGCAUGAUGUACGUCUAUUGCGUCCAGUGAUGGACAAACAGACAAUUCGUGUGGAUGACCAACACCCGACUGUGGAAAACAUGCAUGGAUCAGACACUCUACACUUCAACCUAGAGGGUAUGCUGUAUGUGGGUGGAGUCAGCAAGACCAUGUACAACUCCCUCCCCAAACUGAUCUCCUCUCGACAUGGGUUCCAGGGCUGCCUUGCCUCUCUAGAUCUCAACGGACCACGCCCAGACAUUCUCAACGACUCCAUCAAGGUGUUUUCUUCCAUCGCCAGGGGUUGUCAAGGCUUAAAGGCGCUAAUUGAUAGGCCAAGCAACAACUGCCACCAGUAUGCAUGUCUGAAUGAGGGUCGGUGUGUGCAGCAGUGGAACUCCUACACAUGUGACUGUGACAUGACCUCCUACACGGGUCCUAUGUGUACAGAUGCGAGUGUUUCCUACACAUUCGGUCUGGGCACGCCAGGAAUACUAAUCUACAACUACCCUGAAAGCAAGCGCACCAACACCAAGUACGACCAGAUGGCCCUAGGGUUCCGCACCAUGCAGCGAAACGCAUUAUUGGUCCGUGUGGAGAGCAUCACUAACGAAGACUACAUCGAAGUUCAACUGGUUGACGGAAACGUAUUUGUGGUGUACAACAUGGGGACUGAUAACCAUCCUCUGGGACAGUUACUGCGGAAACACAACAACGGAAAUUACCAUGUGAUUCGAUUCACACGAUCAGGAGCCAACGCUACCCUACAGAUCAACGAAGGGCCUAUUGUGCAUAAAAACCCGACAGGGGAACAGCUGAGUGUGUUCAAUGAGCAGGCCAGGAUCUACAUUGGGGGCUACAAAAACAGUACCGGUAUCCACAGGCAGUUUGUCGGCACACUACAAGGUCUUGUAUUUAAUGGUAUAUCGGUGCUGGAGAUGGCCUCCAGGAACGACAGUCGAAUCACAGUAGAAGGAAAAGUCAAACUCACUAUUCCUGAUAGGAAUGCAAACAUACAAUCUACCAUGGGAAUACGGCAUCAACUAUCUGAAAGGUCUCUAAAGGCAGAAGAGGAGCCAUGCACAGACUGCAACAGGCUGUUGAGGAAGCAGGCAACACCAGAGAUUCCGUUGCCAAGCCGAUCCAAUGUGACGCACAACCACGCUCACAAAGCCAGUGGAGUGGACACACUGUGGAGAAUUCUACAUAAAUCUCAAGAUCAAGGUUUGAGGAUAUUGACUGAAGCACAGCCACCAGCUUCAAAAAAUGGUUCAGAGGGUUUGGAUAAGACAUUGCAAGAUUCGUUGGACAGAAACAAAGAUUCAGCGCCACAGCAUGUUCUUGGUGGGGAUAUCAUGUUAACAAAAAUGCUACCCCAUGACAAAGAGCAGAUGAUAGGGAAACAGAGACAACUACAUCACAGGGAUGAGGAGGGACAACAAUCUUCUCCAAAUAACUUUACAGAUGAGGUUAGACCUAGUUCUGGAGAUAGCAAUGUCCCUGACUAUGACACAGAGCAAAAUAGUGUAGCUUACUAUGACACAGAAAGCAGCAACAUUAUCUCCGACCUUCAAACCCGCUCAGAAGACGAAGAGUCAGAAAGGACAUUGCAAUUUGGCUCGGGGGAUGACAAUCAGCCAGAUGGUGCUGAAAACAUGUUAUCCGGCAUUCCAUCAGAGUCUAUUCAUUCUCAGGGAUCAGGCUGGUCCAAAUCACUAACAGACAGUGACAGACAGCCACAGUCAAAAAGACCUUAUGAGACAUCUGUGGACCAUCAGCUCAAAGGAAACUUUGUGUUUGAAAAUGGGUCAACUUCCAACCUGAUUAAGCCUGGAGGUAGCAGUUUCCCUAAGGACAGAGGCAAGGUGGAUGUUUCAGGAGAAACACAAUACAUUCCACUAAAUUCCACUACUACUCACACCACUCCACGACAGGGCAUAACGGAUGAGAUCAUCCACGAGGUGCCAUUCUCUGGUGAUGGGACAGGCUGUCCAACUGAUGACGAGGACGAUUGUACUUCUGUAUCAUCAGGUUCUGACGAUGACAUCAUAACACCUGUGGUCAAGAUCACCACUACUCCAAAACCACCCACUACACCAUCUAGUGGAGACACAAUGUGUGACAAUGGCAAAGACAUAAGUUGUCAGAGUAUAUAUUUAAUCAAUGAGUCUACAACAACAGAGAAAAAAGAUAAAGGCAUCAUUGAUCUGGGUUCGGGGGAUCAGAACAAUCCAACAGGAGGUCAAGUGGAGUCGGAACUCACUCCACACAAUAUAGGACUUAUCAUCGGAAUCAUUGCAGUUGUCAUUAUUGCACUGAUCAUUCUCAUUAUUGCCCUGUACAAAUUUCACCGACGAGACGAAGGGACGUAUAAAGUGGAUGAAACACAAAACUUUGCAUAUUUAGAAUCUAAGAAACAGAAUGGAAAUGGAGCAUUAUUAGGACCUGUCCCAGGGAAUGGGAAAAUGGCUAAAAAAAAGGAUGUGAAGGAGUGGUAUGUGUGACCAGCUGUGAUAUUUGUGAAGGUUGUGUAUUGUUUAGAGAGUAUUCUAUUAUUGGAACUGGGUUGGAGGGUAUUAAUGAGCCAGGGUGGAGGGAGUGUUAAAAGGAUUACAUAUCAAUAAAGAGGUUGGCAGAAAUCAAGGGAAAAAUGGAAAAAUGUCUCUUCUGAAUCUAUUUUAGAAUAAGAUUAUCAUUGGUCAACAUGAAAUGAAACCUUUUUUUGCGAUCAUCAUGUAAAAAUGCAAGAAGAAAGAGAAAGAAAACCUUAUAGGAAUAUAACAUUGCUUAUAGUUCUUAAAAAUAAUACAAAAACAAGAAAAUACAGUGGAUCUUGAAGCUAUGGCCGUCCUGGUGCUGUAUAUGUUUCCAUGGUGAUCUGUUAUGCACCGAGGCCAAUCAACAAACUGAUCUCCUUGUGGUGCUGUGGAUUAGAGCUGAAGUGACAAUGGACACUGGGCAUCCUUGUGGAAACAGGACAUCUUCGUGGACAUUACAUAGUGUGUCUUCAUAGAUACUGGACAGUUUGUCAUUCAGGAUUAGAGCUGAAGUGACAACGGGACACUGGACAUCCUUGUGGAAACUGGACAUCUUCGUGGACAUUACAUAGUGUGUCUCCAUAGAUACUGGACAGUUGUCAAUCAACGUCUUAACUCACCGACAUAAAUGUGGCUCUUUAUUGCUGAAACAGACCUCAGUAAUCCAGCAGAAGUAAGUCAAGUUGACCUUGAAAUGACAUUGUGACCUUGAUAUUCAGUCACAUCUCAACUCAAGGUCAAGGCUGUUGUUAUGUGUUAUUAUGGACUGAUGACCAGCCAAGCAACACAUUUAGUGAUGGAGUAUAAUAAUCAUCCUGUAACGUUGUGGUUGGUGGAGUGAAGAUCACACAAAGUGUUGAUCAGGACCGUACACAAAGUGUUGAUCAGGACCGUACACAAAGUGUUGACCAGGACCGUACACAAAGUGUUGAUCAGGACCGUACACAAAGUGUUGACCAGGACCGUACACAAAGUGUUGACCAGGACCGUACACAAACUUGUCAUGUGCUCACACUCAAUCGAAUGUAUGACAAAUGUUGGUCUUUGGACAAUCUCCAGAUGAACAUGUGGUUUCUUCCAUAAAUUGACCUUUGAGUAUAAAAGGUCAAUAGCUGUAUUCAGAGUACACCUGUGUUUGAAUUGUUCAAGGACAAGUCACCAAUGACAUUACAGGAUAAGGGUCAUGUGUUGACCUUUAAAAGACAAAGGUCAGUGAAUGACCCCAGAAAACAAACUGCACGGAUGAUCUUUAAAAACAAGAUCAGUCUGAACUAAUUGUUUAUGUGUUAGAGUGGUAUGAAAGGCCAAGGUUCUAUAUUUUGUACAGAUUGGACCCAGAUGACACAUUCAGAAAUAGAUUAUAUAGGUCACACAGACCCACUCAUCCUGUCACCCCUUCUCACUACAUUAAACUCACCCUGGUUAAUUAAUUGCUGGAUAUAAUGUAAUUUAAUGGACAGAAGGAUAUUUUUAAUUAUAGCCAUAUUAAUUUAUCCAUUCAAGACGUCAAUGUCAUUUUUUGACAUCAGACAUUAAAAGUUACAUAUUUACCUUAGAUACUGAGGUUACCAACUGACCUCUGAAGAAAACCACUAAGAUAUAGGAAGUCUGAUUUGAUUGAUUACUUAUAUAAUUAAUGCAGACAAGAAUAGAAGCUUGAAAUAUUUUGAAAAGUAAUUUAUCUCAGAAAUAAAACCUGCAAGCUCAUCAUGUUAAGAUUGUUUAGCUUGUCAUUAUUUGGGAUUUGUGUCUAAAGAAACGUUCUAUAACCUACUUAUUUCUCAUCGAUGAGUGUUAAUUGAAAGAAAUUAAAUAGCCCUUUCACAAUCGACCAACUGAGUGUGCCUUUCUCCAAGAGGCGACAGGUGCCGAGUUGUUGUUGUAUGUGCCUAUUGAUAAUAGCAUGGUCUCAGAAAGUUCAGCAAGCUAUUGGUACUGAUCAAAAUUGUACGAACAGAAGUGAUGCUAAAACAUCCUGUCCUAACAGUGAGUUAUUUAUAUUAACAAUAAAGUAUAUAUAUAUAUGUACAGACAAUAAAGUAAAUAUGUUUCAACAGUGGAGUACAUAUAGAUAUAUAUUGUAACAGUGAUAUAUAUAUAGAUAUAUGUACUUUGGUAAUUUGAUGAAGAAUCUUUGAUUUUCCAGUCUGUCUUUGUACUUACAAACCUAUGCUUUCUCUGCUUUAAAUUCAAUGGUUGACAUCACCGGCUUGAUGUGUUCUGGUGUUUGAUCAAGGGAGAGCACCCUUACUUGCCAAACUACACGGUAUAUGAAAUCCCAUUAAAAUGUGUACUCAUCAGGUCCCUGUAUUUUGUUGUACCGAUUUGAACCCAUCAACAUUUUUAUGUUCGUCUUCUACAAACAUUGUAAAUACCAUUAGAUACGGAGUGAAAGUGAUAUAUUGGUUUCUAUAAUAUGAACAAUUCCUUUGGUUUUGAUCAUGCGGGACCAUACAACAUUUUGUUUUGUAUAUUAGGGACCAUUCAUCCUAUUAAUAGUGACAUUUUGUUGUGGAUAUUGAAUUGUUAAAACAGCUUUGUAAGUGAGCUUCCUGUUGUUGAAGAUUUGUCCAUUAAGUCCAGGAAAUGGUUUGAAUUAACUUGAUUAUUUUUUAAAUGUAUUUUGCAUUAAGAUUUUGAUUUAUUUUUUCUUCUUAAGAAUUGAGAUUACUUCUAAAACCCUCUCCUCUGUCACGUUAUCUUUGUCAGUGAUUAUUUUAUUCACAUACAUCCGAGUAUCCAGUUUGGUAUGGUAACUCAUUCACCCCUGAAAUUUCACAAUGAACUAUUCCAACUUUUGAAUUAAAAGGGUUCAAAUGUGUCUUCAGGGAUGAAUGAGUUAAUAUACAUUACUGUUCACAUUAGUCGGUCCUCAAGUGUAAGCUACCAGAUUUAGCUAAACUACUUAGCAUGAUACUUGAGGAAUUAUUCAUAGUGAUAGAAGGAGUACCAAACUUUCUUACUGGAACCACUUAACCAAACACACAAAUCAGCUUCAGAAAUAGGUAUCUUUUAACUUAAAUCUAUUAAUUGUAUGCUUUCCCUGUCCAUUGUUAGUUUGUUUUAGUAUUGGUAUGUGUGUAGAUGUGAUAUACAAUUGGACUUAAAGCUUCAUGACUCCAGAGAGAAGAGGAUCAAAUUCUGGUUCCUGUAGUCAUAGUCUGGAGAUAACUGAAAUUGUCUAUAUUUUUCAGAGAUCAGUACUUUGCAGAAUCGAAAAAAUACAUCGUAAUUGUAUAACUAACAUCACAUUAUAGCUGAAUAAUUACAAAAAUACAUUGUAGAUUCUAUACUAACACCUACCAUUUGAUAUUUAACUCAUUUACUCCUGAAUACACAUUUGAACUCUUUCAAUUGAAAGGUUGGAAUAGCCUAUUAUGAAAUUUC